CUCAACAAAGAGAUGAUUAAUUUUAUUCUUGUAUAUUUAGUUCCCAGGUGACGUGGAUGUUGGCUCAGAGACAACAGGAAGAGGCACGCCAGCAGCAGGAGAGAGCCAUGAACUACGCCAAACUCAGAAACAAUUUGCAGCACGCCAUCCGUCGAGGUACUGGGCUCAUGGAGGAGGACGAAGAGCCAAUCGUAGAGGAUGUUAUGAUGUCAUCGGAGGGUCGUAUGGAUGACCUCAAUGAAGGCAUGGACUUUGAUACCAUGGACAUUGAUUUGCCACCUUCCAAGAACCGUCGUGAGAGAUCUGAACUUAAGCCAGACUACUUUGACCCUGCGUCUAUCAUGGAUGAAUCGGUCCUUGGAGUGUCUAUGUUUUAAGCUAGUGUCAGGAUGAUUUUGUGAUGAAAAACCAGAAUACGCGCUUUGUAUCUGAAGAGGAUUUUAGACGUAAAAACCGGAGCCUUUUCUCUAAGAAAAAGCAAAAAUCAGAAAAAAAAAUCAGGCUUGUACUCCACAUGGACCAACGAUGACCCACACUCAGUGUUGCUUGCUCAGAGAAGACUGUGUUUCAAAUAUUUACUUUUAUAAUCCUGGGUCAGCUCUUCCUGUUCAGAAAUAGUGAAACAGCCCACUUCCAAAAAUAUUAGAAAAGAGAUGUGUCUGAAGAAAAUCUAUAUUCUCCUUUUCUUUUUGUUGUUUUUAACCCCCUCUUUCAUUUUUUUUAAAUUGGGGAUGCAUUGGUGUGUUUAACUUAAGAAACAUUUUUUGUUCAUGUCUAACCCUUUUUACAACUGUAGUAAGUUACCAGGUGUGAAGUAGUAAUUUAUAUACAGACUGUAGUAGCCUGCUUGUACUGUGUUAGCCAACGUGGAUGGAGGUCUUUAUGUUUCUGUGCUCUUUUUCCCCCCGACCUCGAUCUUUUAAAAUUUGUCAGAUCUGUCCCGUAAACCACUGGUGGUCAAAAUAGGGAAUUGUCACAGACUCGGGAGUUGCUUCUCCCACAGGCCAGGACCACUCCACACUGGGUUGUAGAGCUCAUCUCAAUAUUAAGGCCACUCCCUCUUUUAAACCACCGUCCAUUAAGGAGACGUGCCCAUAAUGUGCAGAUGUUGACUGCAGUAGCGCCAUCAUGUGGGCUCUGGAUGAAUGAAAUUGCAAUUUCUUUUCCUCUCAUCCAGCAGCCCAUGUUAACAUGGGUAAGUCAACAUUUUUUUAAAAUGAAAGUUGUAUAUGAAUCGGUGCUGAUUUUAUAUUUGUGCUCUUGGUUUUUAAAUUUUAAACAUUCAGUCCCAUCAUUUGAGAAACAUGUAAGUAAAACCCAAAAUGUAAGCAUGUAAAACCAUGCAUCGACUAAAUUUUAAAAUGUAUAUUUUACCCCCUCCUCCCCCAUCUCCUUUUUUGUCUUGAUAAUGUCUCGGGGGUUUCUACUUUUUUUUCGUACAUGAAAGUUAGUUUGGAUAAAACUAAUAAAGACUUGUGAAAUUCAGCUUUAAGAUUUUCUCACCAUAAAAAGUCCUGUCACAAAAUGUGUGUAAGUUAGUGGUUCAGACAUUACUGAAGAUGAGAUUUGACUCAGCAGCGCUGUGGCAGCUAGACAAAGCUUAGAUUUUGACAUUUGUCACAUUUAAAUGAAAUGUUUUGUCUACUGAGGUUUUUAUUUUGUAGUCAUUCCAUGCUUGAGCCUUAAACAUGCUGGUGAAGUUGGCCUUCUCUCACAGUAAUCUUCCAUGUCUGAGCAUCAGCAUUGUUUAAAGGUGGACAAUUGGCUUCUUAGAUCAUGACAAAGAGCUGGUCGGAUGUAAUGUAAUAAAGUAGACGAGCUAAAUAAGUGUUUUGCCUAAUUAUUUUAUGUAAGUAAAAGAGGAAUUCUUUUAAGGAAAAAGUACUGUUUAUUGUUUGUUACUUACCACUACAUUGGUAUAAAUUCUUAUUAGAUCAUGUGUAUAUAUACAAAAAAUAAUUUCUUUCCUUCUUUUUGGCCAUUUACGUGUUUUUUUUUCAUGCUUCCCUACUCUUUAAGUUGUUGUCUAUUAUCCCAUCUUAUUCCAGUCACCCUGUUUUCUGAUUUGUACUUGUCUGGAGACAGUAACUUUUGAAUAAAAAUCAACACAUUUCA